UUAAUUGUCUUUAGCCAAGGGGCGGGCCCUGCUGUCAGCUCAACUUCUUGUGAGCCGUGUUGGCAUAAAGGCAUUCAGUACAGAGGAAUGGUGACAGCUGAGAGAGAGGACUCUAUACAUAGUCGCAGCCAUGAAGGAAAUCAUGGCACAAAAAGAGAAGUUCCAAUGCUUAAAGGAUUUUCACAAGGACACCCUGAAACCUUCACCGGGGAAGAGCCCAGGCACGCGGCCUGAGGACGAGGCUGAAGGCAAGGCUCCUCAGAGAGAGAAGUGGGCCAGUAAGCUCGACUUUGUCCUGUCCGUAGCCGGAGGCUUCGUUGGAUUAGGAAACGUCUGGCGCUUCCCUUACCUUUGUUAUAAAAAUGGCGGAGGUGCAUUUCUCAUCCCUUACUUCAUCUUCCUGUUUGGGGGUGGCCUGCCUGUGUUCUUCCUGGAGGUCGCACUGGGCCAGUACACCUCUGAAGGAGGGAUCACCUGCUGGGCCAAGCUCUGCCCCAUCUUCACUGGUAUUGGCUAUGCCUCUGUCGUGAUUGUAUCUCUACUAAACAUCUAUUACAUUGUGAUCUUGGCCUGGGGACUCUACUACCUGUUUCAGUGCUUUCAGCCGGAGCUCCCCUGGUCGAAAUGCAACCAGCCCUGGAACACCGAAUACUGUAUAGAGGACACAGUCCGCAAGAACAAGACCCUAUGGCUAGCAGCCAACAUGACCAACUUUACCUCCCCUGUCACUGAGUUCUGGGAGUGA